AUGAGUGUCUUUAUAAAAAUACUUAUUUUGGUAUUUAGUUUUAUGAAUUUGUAUAAGGUGGCUUCAAGCAUUCACAGUGAGAGUGAUAUUUUAGUGAGAAAAGCCCGAUGGCUGCCCUUGAUUUAUCCCAGAGGCAAUCCCACACGUUUGCAGAUGAUUGCUGGCUUUGGUAUUCCCGUGGAGGAUCUCAAAGUGGAACAUGUGGUCACGGGUUAUGUCUUGAAGGCUGACUAUUUCUUGCCUUACUCCGCCAAGCAAUUGAGAGUCAAGGAUGUCCAUGGAAUCACUGCCAGGCGACUGCCCGAGAAUGCCACUAUCUUUGAGAAGAUCCUGCAGAAGUCCGAGGAACAGAUGGGCCUGGAUCCGAGUAUCCUGCAGGAGGAUCUGCAAGCCCUAGGGAGCUAUCGCUGGUCGGUGUACGAAGCCUUCACCGCCCUGGCCAUUCGCAUGAAGCUCAAUGGUAGAGUCUGUGUCCUGAAAAGCAUCUGCGAGAGUGCCGCCGCACCCUUUGACGAUCGGAAUGGCCUGCUGGGCGAAGUCCUUCACAUCCUGCUUACACCUUCCAGUUCGGCGGAUCCCCUGGCAGAGCACUCGGACAACGAUUACCUGCAGGCCGAGCGACUUGGAGCAGCUGGCAGCGAUUGCAAUCAGGUGUAUCCAAGGUGUCCCAAGUCCCUGCUGGAGCACUUUAGCGAUGUACAUCAUCUGGGCAGCGAAUUUCUCAGCAUGAUGGGUUAA